ACAGGAACGCAAAAACAAGAUUUCUAUUAUUCACACAACGACCAAGGCAAAAGUAAGAAGGAAAUAGUUGUCCCAUGCCCAGGCUGAUAUUUACUUACGCUCUCUCCACAGUGUUGCAGCCAAAUUUGAGGUGAAAUUCUCCUCCUGAGAUCUGGUCGUAUCGCUCCUCUGCGGCUGUCCCUAGCCAUCACCGUACAACACGCCUAAAACGUCGUCCACUUACUCCGUGCUGAUACUCCAGCUAUCAACACUAUCACCACCACAACCAACCACCGCCAUCACCAACAACACCAAUAGGGGCUGGCCUAUUUAGCAGAAACACCAGUCUCCUCGCCCACUCGAUCCACGGUGGUGCGACCAGCACGGCAUCCACCGUUUUCCAUCUCGCCCACUGACGAACGGCGAGCACACAGACUCCAAUGCCCCCGAUAUUCUCUCCUUCUGCCUCCGCUAGUGAGUCUGCUUCAGCAUCAACAUCAACGGCAUCAGCCACAGCUACAACUCCUACGACCAAUACAACCAAUACAUCCCCCAUAUCCGUCCCUAGCACGCGCCGAUCAACCAGUCAAGUUGCACAAUCUCUCGCCUCCUGGUCCGACACAACAUCGACAUCAAUCUCACCCGCAUCCCCUUCUCCUAUAUCCUCGCCUACGCCUACACCAUCCUCCGCCGACAACAGCCAUAAAAAUAACGACAGUAAUACCAUUUCUCAUAGAAACGAAUCCCUAUCCCCGUCUCCUGCAGCGCAGAAACAGCGCUCCUCCUUUCUACGUCGUCUCUCUCCCGGCCUAGCUGCCAGAGUCAAGCUGCUGGACGGCUCGUCCAAACAAACAUCGACGGCCCCGACAAGGAGCAGCAGCGUGAUUGGCAGGAUCCCCGAAGACCAUCUCAAAGAGUUGGAUAGUGCACACAGGGACCUCUCAAUAAAAGUACUACGACGCGGCCGAGCUUGGAGUGGUGGACGCCGUGUAUUGCUCACGCCGGAACCGGCCUCCUCCCCCAGCGAGCUGGAAUCAGGGAGGCUGAAGGGACACGAUACUACAACUACGGAGACUACCAGCCCCGAAGCAGACGUCGGGGUCUCAGAUCCUUCUGAGUCGUUAUCGACUGCUCAAGAGGGACAACCAUUAGCAGAUAUGUCGACUCUGCAGGGUGUACAAACCACGGUACAGGACGUUGGAGCUUCCCACGGUUCAGAUCCCAAUUCCUCCACGGGCACAACGGACUUGGAAAGGUAUCUUCGCUCAAGCACGCAGUCCGAAGAAGGUGCACCCCCUCCGCCGCCAAAGGACUCCCCCCCUGUACCAGCUAAUGGCUCGAGUACCAAUGUAGAGUCGUAUUUCAAUCCUCUGGGCCUGUCACGCACUGAAUCUAUUUACUCCUUUUCCAGAGCAUCAUUCAGCAAUCAACUGUCUCAAUUAACUUCCAUCAGUUUACCUCAACCCGCGUCCCUCGAAGCGAGCAUUAAAUCCAUCGCUACCGCGCCUGCUGCCGUGCGAGCGUUGUCGGGAGCCGCGAGUCAAAUACAACAAUGGAUAAACAAAGCUUCGGAUGUCUUGAGUGGGCUGGACGCUGAGGAUGAUGUUGAAUGGGCGGCUGCUGGCGGCAGAGAAGGACUGGAAGAUGUCGACAAAGCGGUGACAAAGUUUGAGAGCCUGGUGAAUGUCUACGUCAAAGCUAUCGAAGAGGUACAGCUACGCGAUGAUAUUUCAGAUGUCGGACCCGAGCCGCUCCAAGCCAUCGUUGUUCAGGUGGAAUCAACUCUGAAGAACUGGAAGGGCGUUAGAUCACAGCUGAGAGGUGUUAAGGAGCAGGUUGAGCUUGCCAUGGAGUGGGAGGAGCUAUGGACGAACGUUCUUGGCGAUGUGGGCAUGGAAAUGGAUAACUUAAGUCGGCUGAUAUUCGAGAUGGAGGAGAAAAGACACAACACAAUGAUCAUGGAAUCGGAGACAGAACAUAGCAACGGACUUGACCUCGACGAGCUAGAGACAAUUGUUGAAGAGUCCCCCGCCAAUGGGGGUACGCCAUCCUCUUUACGACAUAGACAUGUCCCUCCCGCCCAACAGGAACCCUCCACCGUCCAGAAUACCCAGGAUGACUCUAACUUACUAGCUUUGUUUGCGCGGAUGCAACCCCUUCGAGCAUCGCUGGACUUCCUCCCUAUGCGACUUUCAAUGUUUCAAUCUCGAGCGGAGAAAAUAUUUCCAAGUGCCUGUGAGGAAUUAGAGGAUCGGCGAGAACGUUUGGAAAAGGGUUAUAAAAAGUUGGAAACGGAUGCGGAAGCGUUACGGCGCGAAUUGGGCGAGGAUAGAUGGGUUUUGGUUUUCAGGGAUGUUGGCAAGAAGGCACAUAAAAUGUUCGUGUCGCUUGAACGAAGUGUCGAUAAACUCCAGGAAGCGAUUGAUUCGGGUCUCCACCACGCUGGUUCCAUGGCAUUGUCGAAGAGGAUCGAGAGCUUUGGCCAUAAAAAACUCCAUAUUGGCGAUGCCAUCAACCGCGUGUUGGCAAUCAUACAGAAGGGUAUUAACGAUAGAUUGACGGUCAAUGGGGAAAUUAUUAGAUUGCUUGCAGAUCUAAAAACAAGGUGGGAAGCGAUGCAAGACAAGAUUCGCGCCAUGGAUAUGCUCCUGGAGGACCUCAAUGUUGCCAGAAGCCAACAGUUACGGGACUCGAUAUCCAGCAUCGUCACGCUUGAUAGUCCUGCUAACAGAAGUGCCAUUGAUACUCCUGAUAGCUCCCCUGCUUCUUCAGUGGUCAUGUCGAGUGCCAAUGGAGCCAACAGCGGGGUAGCAUCAAGCAUCAAUGGAUCGAGUAGAAGAGGAAGCUCUACCGGUAACGCCACCACAAAGGCCACUGCAACAAAAUUGAAGCGCUAUUCCGGGCUGCCUCAAGCCUCCUCCGCCCCUCGCCGCUCCUCCAUCCCCCGCACCACCUCCAGCUCGAGCCACCUCACACCACCAUCCCCACGACUCUCCACAUUAUCUCCUUCACCCUCCACCCCUCGCCCUGGAUCCCGAAAUUCCUUUGGAAAACCCAACCCUACAUGUACCAAGCCGCGCUGGAACAAUAGCCCUAACACGAAUGACCUUGUAGUGGGUCACAACUUUAAACCACUUAGCCUCACCACGCCAUCCCCGCACCGCAAGCUCACUAUCCCCACAAGUUCCCGCUUCUCCCUCCCCAUCCCUAGCCCACUCAGCCGCGAGUCAUCCGCCUCUCCCGCCCCUUCUUCCUACCGCCCCUCAAGCCGACUCACAGGCAGCCGCCUCACUUCUCCCGCCCCAGACCGUGGAGGCGCGUCACCCACCCCCACACGCUUCCGCUUCAACGACCCACCCCCUUACAGCAAACUCUUCAAGGAUCCGUCCUCUGCCUUGCCCAGCCCUUCCCCUUUACUAGCUACCACGCCCCGCAGCCGACAAAGCUACGCUGGCCAACCCAGUGUGCGAGCGGUAUCGACAAAUGUGGGCAAUACUAUGAGUAACGGUGGUGGUGAUAAUGGCGCGAAGAAAGCAGUGACCCGGCCCGGAACGGCAUUGGGCCAUUCGGGUAGACGUAUUAGUAUGCUGCCGCAACCACGCGCAACACGGUCGGGGAGGGACAGCGUCGCGCUGUCUUCGAAGGGUUUAGAUGAACGGCCACCAUGGAGGUAAGCGCAGGGAUUCUUUGGGGGAUGCUUAGCUACGGUUUUGUGGGGUGUUCACGUAACCAGUUUGGUAUAAGAAUGAAUUGGGGGUUCUAUAAAUGUCGCUGUGUAUUUGUUGGGUAUCAGUUGAAAGUUGAAAGCUGGCUCAUUUUAGAUAUAUUUGUCUUCACCGUCAUCUUAGUUUUCUCUUUCUCUUUCUCUUCUUCUCUCUUCUAUUCUAUCAGAUCUGUCCCCUUUAAGCCUCUUUGGUUUUUGUUUUCUUUUAAUUACCCAUCUGCGUCCAUUAUUGCUGUAUAUUCUGUCCCAUUUGGGCGUGCCCUAUUUACCUUGCCCCCACUGCCUCUCACACCAUCAGCCAUUCAUAUGCUCCUCCUGUGUUUAGUUCUUGUUUCCGCAGCGCUUCUUAUGUCUGGAUAUUACACGUGGAUGGAGACACUAUAUUCCCCCUUUUUUUUAUCCCUCGCACGGUCGGCGCAAUUUUCUCCCUAUAUAAUCCAUCGACAUACCACCACCACCUUAGGUUCUCACAAUUCGCUUUCUUGCCUCUUGUUUAUUAAUCUUACUUUUAGUUCAUCCCAUUUACAAAUACCGCUUUAGCUUUCAGCUCCUCUCCUCCCUUCCAAUUUGUUUCUUUUUUCUUUCUUUCUUUUUUGUAUAUUGAUUCUUUUUCAUCUUACUCUGAAAAUCCUAAACACUUUUGAGCAUCUUCCGUUUUCCCGCCAUCUCCUCUGAUACCUCCACUCUUCCUCCCCUUACAACACUUGAGCUACUCUGAAUAUCAUGCUUUGAAGCCAUUGAAUAACAGCGGAAUUUACGACAUGAGGGACAAUAGCGAAACCCCCAAGAACAAGAACAAGAAGCAACGACUCCCCUCCCCGAUUUCUCUUAUCCACCCUGUCAACUAUUGUUUUAGCUAGGAUUGCAAAAUUUUCAAGCGCCUUUUUUUUUUUUUUUUUUUUUUUUUUUUUUUUUUUUUUUUUAUUGUUAUUAUUUGCCUUAAUUUAAUUGCCCUUCUUCUGGAUAUCUACUUAGGCAGUUUCGACGAGUUGUCUUCCUGCCUAUCCUUUGCUAUAACUAUACCAACUGCAUGUUUCCUGCUGUUUUCCCCCUUUUCUUUUCUUUCUCCUAGCAAAUAUGGCUGUACACCGUGUUUUGUGUUUUAUCCUCGUUUACCCCCAAUCAUCCCAAGAGCGCUCAUCCUCUCCCACGCGAAAACGACCUGCCCGCGCUUCUUCCCCUCUGAUGCCCGACCCUUUACCUUUUCCCUAAGCACAUUAUUUGUUUGUAUUUACUCUAAAGUAUAUAUAUAUAUAUAUAUAUAUAUAACUUGUCUUUUUAAGGGUCUAUUUCGACAACCGGGUUGCUUGGAUGUGCCAUUCUUCGAUUUAGGUGGCACACUACAGACAGACCAUGGUCUCACUCACAACUAUAGCCUUACGCCCUCAAAACAACUUCCCCUCCAACCUCCAAAUCUCUAACAUCACAUACAAACCCCAUCCCUUCUCAUAAAUAUCCCCGAUCAUUCCUCUUUCACUCUUGAGAAAACUUCAUGAUAACGCCGCCACUAAUGUUCUCCUCAUCAUGCGCACCAAUCCAGCAUUCCGCUCUCAGUUUCUUCGCUAACGGCACACCAGCGCGGCUUGCGCCGGCGAUGAUAUUUCCGCCUAGGUACCAUGAGCUCUGCACACUUGGGAAAGAGUAGAUUAGCAGUGUGAGCGCACGAGAGUUGGAGUCCAUAUGUAGAUGUUUCGAGGCGUCUUCGUCCAGCGAAGUAUUUUAAGGGAUGCCGUGGGGACUGUAUACAAUAGAUAUGACUCCCUCCCGCACGAGAGAGGGUUGGUAUUGAGUUUCGGGGCGAGCUGUUGGGACUGGGGCUGGGCCUGUUGGCUUGGGAGUGACCGUGGCUUGGGAUAGAGGUGUUGAGGCGGGACCAGAGGACAGUCCCGCUGUGGGGUGUCUGGUACGUUAUCCCAAUAGCAUUAUGUACGCCGGCCAAGUCACCCGUGUCGGCAGCAAUGCGACUGUGACUUCGCCUGCCACACCCGAUUCCGUUAACGGCUCGAUCCGGAAACCGAAGCACGGACUGCGGUCGCUUGGAAUUGUACUCGGGAAUAGAUACGAUUUUGGUAUGAUGGAAAUGUCUAAAUUUUCGAACGGCAUUUUGCCGCCUCGGGCUCAGCGACGGCAGUCGUCCUAGGGAGAGUUCCUGGGGAUUUGACGUAGGGUAGGUAGGUUUGUUGCAAUGUUUAAGGCCGGAGGGGCUGGCAAAGUCAAGUACGGACAUGCUGACUUUGUAGUUCCCCGCACACGGUUUCGUUAAUAUCACCAACAGUACGAUAGUCGUAGGUCUUCAAAUAUGUCAACCAGUCAAAACGCGGAGCUAGCCUAGGCGUGUUCAUACCAAAGCACCCCAAAGACAUUAAAAGUGUUGAUUGGUAAGGAGGACUUAAGCAAAACAGCUCAAGUCUUAAUUCAAGGAUCAUUUAAAA